GCCAACUGCUGCCCAGCCAUGAGGAUCUUCAACCUGUUCUACCUGGUCCUGCUGCUCGUCGCCGCUUUAGCACCAGUCUACUCUGCCAGGCAAGGUAAGCAUCCCCAAAUUUCACCCGUCCAGAUGUCCCGGCAGCUGGCAAUUCAUAAAAGGCAGUUAAAUAGUCCCGGGAGAAAGUUAAACCCGCGGCCUAAACAGCGUUUUAUAUCAAUGCGCGUUGCUCGUAGAACUGCAGAUUUCCUGAACCUAAGGAGAAAAUACCACAGACACCACUGCCCACACAGACGCUGCCUGCCUCUCCACUCCAGAGUACCCUUCCCAUAA